AUUAUGUCCAGAUCCCGAUGUGAACUUCUUUCUCUACACAAAAUACAAUCCAGAAAAUCCUCAAUUUGUGAGAAUCGGUUCGGAUCCACUAGUGUCCAAUUUGAAGGAUACAGCUUACAACAGUUCCAACCCAACGAAAAUCAUCAUCCAUGGAUACAAUUCCAACAUGAAUAUUGCUGUUUUAGUGGAGGUCAGAAGAGAAUAUCUGAGAACCAAAGACUAUAAUAUUUUCACUGUCGACUGGAGUCCUUUGAACCAAGCGCCCUGCUAUUUGGGUGCCUUGGUGAACAUUAGGCAUGUUGGGGCUUGUUGUGCCCAGUUUGUGCAAAGACUUCGAGAAACAGGAGCGAAAGAUAUUCAUGUCAUUGGAUUCAGUCUAGGAGCACACAUAACCAACUUCAUGGCAGUCGCCCUACGCCCUUACAAACUGCCCAGGAUAACGGGACUGGAUCCCGCCCUUCCCGGAUUCGUCACCCCCGUCAACGACGACAAGCUGGACAGAUCUGACGCCAUAUUCGUGGACGUGUAUCACACCAACGCCUUUAUACAGGGGGUGGUCGAAAGGAGCGGCCACGUCGAUUUCUACCUCAACGGGGGAGUGCUGCAGCCAGGAUGCUGGGCAGAAAACAGGUUCUUCGCCUGCAACCACCACCGAGCACCGCUGUACUUCGCCGAGUCCAUAAAUACGGAGAAGGGCUUCUGGGGCUGGGCCUGUCCGUCCUUCUGGCAGUUCGUGACGGGCGGCUGUCCCCCGCACGAGCCCCAGAUCCUGAUGGGCGAUCGGGUGGACCCCACCGCCAGUGGCAUGUACCUGGUCAUCACCGAGUCGGUCCCACCUUAUGCAGUCGGCAGGUACGAGGGGUCCAACGUGGAAAUCUACUUCAAGUCCAAUCAAGACAGGCUGGCGAUUCUGAAAAACUACAAGGAAGAGGUGUCCAAGUUUUUCGACGUGGACGAUUUGAUAGACAGGGUCCACGGCAACGAAUCUGUCCAAGCAGAAGUGAAUUUGGAACUCGCAGAUGACACCUUUCAAUUGGCGAACGAUGAUCUAGUGUGAAUUUAAAAUUUUUAAUCAAUGAUAAUAAAGAAAAAUAA